GGGGCCGUUCACUUCAUGUACAUGUAUUAACCAGCGCAAGAAGGGAUCGCUCACGUAGGAUGGCGAGUUCCGCUGCCUUCCCUAUUAUACGCCUCGCCAUCCCCUACACAUCACCCCCCUCGCGCCUACGGACACUGUCCCUAUACUUCCCGCGUCCACUUGAAGAAUCCGAUCCGGCCAACACGGUAUGGGUCAUCUAUAUUCAUGGCGGUGCCUGGCGCGAUCCCCUCCAGACAGCACAGUGCAUUGAACCCACUCUCGCCCACUUCACCAACAGAGUUCCGUCCCUGAACAAAAUUGCAGCAAUCGCUUCCAUCAAUUACCGACUCUCUCCUUACCCUACUCACCCCACCGAUCCCAGCAGCAAGGACGACGAGGAGCGAAACGCAAAGCAUCCAGACCACGUGCGAGAUGUGAAGGAAGCGUUGGCCUGGUUACGGCGCGAGUACGGUGUAGGUCAGAGCAACAGAGGAGGAAAAGGUUUUAAAUGGAUAGGAGUAGGACAUUCGUGCGGAGCUACCUUGCUUUUACAGCUUAUCGCUGGCGUCGGAUUGCCACCAAAAGACGAGGGCAGCACAACCACCGCACUCGCUCAUCCAUCAGCUUUGAUAUUAUUGGCAGGGAUCUACAAUAUACCUCUGCUUCUGGAGAAUCAUCAACAGCCCAGUUCGAGUCCGGAAUUCGCAGCAAUAUACAAGGAUAUCAUUCAGGGUGCGUUUGGGAAAGAGAAGUCGGCGUGGGAGGAUGCGUCUCCUUCUUACCACCCGCCAGUGUUCUUGCAUUCUAUGGGCUUAACUUCCGUAAUGCUUGCGCAUUCGCCGUACGACGAGCUGGUGGAAAAGGAGCAGGACGAGGCCAUGCUCCGUUCGCUGAAAAGCAGUGGUUGGACCGCUGUGGAGGAGAAUUACUCACAAUCGCAACGGGGACUUGUGGAAUGUCGAAACUUGAGUGGGUCCCAUGACUUUGUCUGGGAGGAGGGAAGCCAGGUUGCAGAGCUGAUAUCGGAGGUAAUUCCGCGAGUGAUUAUGCAGUGAUCAAUGUGUGCAUUGUAUCUCCCUGACGAAGACAAUAUCAAGCAGGACGCGC